ACACUAAUUUUCUCUCUCUUCUUCUCUUUUUAUUCUUCAAAAAUUGCAGAUUUUAUUUCUAUUUUUUGCUCAGAUUUCUUUUUUUGAGCUUUGAUUCAUUUCAAUUUUUCAUCUCUAUAGAAACCUCACCUCUACUCUUCUGCCUGUUGCGAUUGCAAGCUCUCUCUCUGUGUAUUCCACCGGAAUGUUGUCGGAGCUCGAUUUCUCACUUCCGCCGGCAAUAGGUGAGCAAUAGGAUUCAAAAUUGCCGCAGAAAUUAAAAAACCUAGUUGAUUCACGCCAUUGACGGAAAAAUUGGGGAAAAUGCCAGAAGCGGAAGCCACAGUGAAGAAGCAAGCCGACGAAAUUCCAGAGAGAGAAUCUCAGAAAUCAAUCGACGCCACCACCACCACAACGACGCCGAGGUCAGUAAUCAUCCUCCCGCGGGGGAAGCCUCAGGCGACGAGCCGCCGCGUGGCGCCGACUUCAAUCAGCGACGUAGGCGCGGUCAGCCUGACGGAGAAGCGCCUUCCGAACGGGGAUCUGUACAUCGGGACGUUCUCGAACAACACUCCGCACGGAUCGGGGAAGUACCUGUGGGAGGACGGGUGCAUGUACGAGGGCGACUGGAAGAAGGGGAAGGCGAGCGGGAAGGGGAAGUUCUCGUGGCCGUCCGGCGCUACUUUCGAAGGCGAGUUCAAAUCGGGGCGGAUGGAAGGCACGGGGACGUUCAUCGGCCCCGACGGGGACACCUACCGCGGCUCGUGGUCGGGGGAUCGGAAGCACGGCUACGGCGUGAAGCAUUACAGCAAUGGCGAUUACUACGAGGGGCAGUGGAAGAGGAAUUUGCAGGACGGGAGGGGGAGGUAUGUGUGGAGCAACGGGAAUGAGUAUAUCGGAGAGUGGAAAAACGGAAUUAUUCACGGGAGAGGCGUUUUGGUGUGGAAUAAUAAGAAUCGAUUCGACGGAAAUUGGGAAAACGGCGUUCCGAAGGGGCAGGGGGUUUUCACCUGGCCGGACGGGAGCUGCUACAUGGGGAGCUGGUCGAAUGAUUUGUGCAGCAAUGCUAGCAGCAAAGCGCAGAUACUCAACGGUACAUUUUAUCCAGCUCAUUCGGUUAGGGUUGGGAUUGAGGAGGGCUGGAAGGGGUGUUUUAGUCAAAAGCUCUCGGCGCCGCUGAUGGUGGGGGAGGAGGAAGGCGGUGUUACCGUGGCUGGCAGUGGGAAGAAGAGGAUUUGCGUUUGGGAGUCGGAUGGGGAAGCUGGGGAUAUCACUUGUGACAUUAUUGACAAUGCUGUCUUCAAUCAGGAGGGAGGAUUUCAGCAGUUUAGGAGGAAUCCUUGUUGUUUUAGCGGCGAGGCGAAGAAGCCGGGGGUCACUAUUUCGAAGGGGCACAAGAAUUACGAGCUCAUGCUCAAUCUCCAGUUGGGGAUAAGGCAUUCUGUGGGGAAGCAUGCUUCGAACUUGCGGCAGCUCAAGCUGAGUGAUUUCGAGUCGAAGGAGAAGUUCUGGACUAGGUUUCCCUCGCAGGGUUCGAAGAUCACACCGCCGCAUCAAUCCGCGGAGUUCUGGUGGAAGGAUUACAAUCCUGUUGUGUUUAGGCAUUUGAGGCAGCUGUUUCAAGUGGAUCCCGCGGAUUACAUGUUAGCGAUCUGUGGGAAUGAUGCGUUGAGGGAGCUUUCGUCUCCUGGGAAGAGUGGAAGUUUCUUUUACUUAACACAGGAUGAUCGUUUCAUGAUCAAAACUGUGAAGAAAUCAGAAGUCAAGGUGCUUAUAAAGAUGCUUCCCAGUUACUAUCAGCACAUCUGUCGUUACGAAAAUUCUCUGGUGACUAAGUUUUACGGUGUUCAUUGUGUGAAGCCGGUGGGUGGUGUUAAGACGCGGUUCAUUGUGAUGGGGAAUUUGUUCUGUUCAGAGUAUCGAAUCCAUAGAAGGUUCGAUUUGAAAGGAUCCUCCCAUGGACGCACAACGGAUAAGCUCAAGGCAGAUAUCGAUGAGACCACAACCUUGAAAGACCUUGACCUCGAUUAUAAAUUUAGGCUGCAAACAAAUUGGUAUCAAGAACUUAUCAAACAAAUUGAUCGUGACUGUGAAUUCCUGGAAACGGAAAGGAUAAUGGAUUACAGUCUCUUAGUCGGUCUUCAUUUCCGCGAUGCUACUAGCACUGCUGACAAGAUUGGUUUAUCGCCAUUUCUGCUCCGCACAGGGAAGAAUGAUUCGUACAAGAACGAAAAAUUCAUGCGUGGCUGUCGAUUCCUUGAAGCCGAACUGCAAGACAUGGACCGGGUUCUAUCGGGCAGGAAGUCAUUGAUCAGGCUCGGGGCCAACAUGCCAGCACGAGCCGAGCGAGCCACUCGAAGGAGCGUGGACCAAUACACACGGGGAGGGUUGAACAGCCAGGCAUCCUCACGCAGUGGCGAAAUCUACGAAGUGGUCCUCUACUUUGGCAUCAUAGACAUUUUACAAGACUAUGAUCUGACCAAGAAGUUUGAACACGCCUACAAAUCGCUACAAGUCGACCCCACCUCAAUCUCCGCCGUCGACCCCAAGCUCUACUCCAAGAGAUUCCGCGAUUUUGUGGGAAGAAUAUUCGUCGAGGAUAGAUGAGCCCACGCAAGAAAACACGAUCGAAUCAGACUUUUACGAGCAAUGCCCGCCCAGAGAGGCGCUCUCGGUGAAUGGGCCGAGUUUUUGUGGGUCGGUCGGCCUGCCGGCUAUCGAUGGAAGAUGGAAGUAAGUUAUAGUAGUAUAGAUUUUUGUACAUGGGAAUAGUGGGAAAGGAGAAAAAAUGGUUGUGGGAUUAUUUCUUUUUUGAUCCACCAAGAAAAUGUGAAGAAGAUUUGAAAGAUAGGCAUAGGGAAGGGAGUAAACUCUUUUUUUCCCAACCAAAAAAGAUUCAAAAUAUUGGUGGAGGGAUUUUAAUAAUGAAGUGUACAGAUUUUACAGAGAAAAAAAGGUGUUGCAUAGUUUAUGUUGGUUGGUUGAUGUGAAAAAACCCUUUUUAACCCUACAAAUCUCUCUAGAGAGAGGGAUUUUGUAAUAAUAAGCACAUGAAAAGUAUAUAAAGUGAGGUGAAAAGAAGAGAUUGGCGUUU